AUGGCUUUCUCUCGCUCAGUCACAUCUCUCUUGCGAACUUCGCGGCAUGUCGUAACGCCCGCUCGAGGUGUCAACCCAGUUACCAAAGUCUGGGGUCACGACAGAUUCGGAGCCAGGACUUAUGCUGCUGUCUUCGAAAGAACCAAGCCGCAUGUCAAUAUUGGCAAGUGGAACGUCAAUUCUGCAGCUGGUCUUGUUGUUCUAAUUACCACCCUCACUGCAGCCAUCACGAAAAGACAAGCAGAGAAGGGAUUUGCACAGUUCUUAGAAUAUGGCGCCAUUGACAAAGCCCCCGAAGAGCGGAAACGUGGUAUUACGAUCGCAACUGCACACAUCGAGUACCAGACCGAAGCACGCCACUACUCACAUGUCGAUUGUCCCGGUCACGCUGAUUAUAUCAAGAACAUGAUCACUGGUGCUGCUUUGAUGGACGGUGCUGUCAUGGUCGUUGCUGCUGGUGAUGGACAAAUGCCUCAAACAAGGGAGCACUUGCUCCUGGCCCGUCAAGUCGGCGUACAGAAGAUUGUCGUUUUUGUUAACAAGGUCGAUACCGUUGAAGAUCCAGAAAUGUUGGAACUUGUUGAGAUGGAAAUGCGCGAACUUCUGGCGAAGUACGAUUUCGACGGGGAAGAGACGCCCAUCAUCUUUGGUUCAGCUCUGUGCGCGCUUGAGGGCACCAAACCUGAAAUCGGUGUGCAGAAAAUUGAUGAGCUCUUGGCAGCUGUUGACACCUGGAUUCCAACACCUGUCCGACAAACCGACAAGCCCUUCAUGAUGUCAAUCGAAGAGGUGUUCUCCAUCUCUGGACGUGGUACCGUGGCUUCUGGUCGAGUCAUGCGUGGCACUCUCAAGAGAGACACCGAAGUCGAGAUCGUUGGUGGUGGCGACCAGACCAUCAGGACCAAGGUUACCGACAUCGAGACCUUCAAUAAGUCCUGCGAGGAGUCUAGAGCCGGCGACAACUCGGCUCUUCUCCUGCGUGGUGUUAAGCGUGAAGACAUCAGACGUGGAAUGGUUGUUGCAGUCCCCAGCACAGUUAAGGCGAUCCAAGAAGUUCUCGUGUCGAUGUACGUCUUGACCGAAGAAGAAGGUGGAAGAAAGACCGGCUUUACUCAAGCAUACCGACCUCAGCUCUUCGUCCGAACAGCCGAUGAAGCAGCUUCGUUGCAGUGGCCAGAGACAGAAGAGGAUCCUUCGAGGAUGAUCCUACCCGGUGAUAAUAUCGAAAUUAUCCUGAAGACUCACCACAAAUGUGUCAUGGAACCUGGUGAACGAUUCAACUUGCGAGAAGGCGGAAGAACUGUUGCCACUGGCUUGGUCACAAGAAUCAUCAAAUAG